AUUUAGCAUUCAUAGAAAUGUCUAAUGCAUACUUGCCAAUAAAUAUUUAUAACCGGAAUUGAAAUCUUAAGUCACGAUGCAUAGCACGAUAGACACCGAAAUGCAGUCCUAAUCCAUUUAUUUUUAAAUUAUGCGAGUGCAAAACAUAUUUACAAAUGUAGUUGGCGGAUUAAUCACAUAACAAGACUAACAACACAUUAUUGUGUUGAUGCAGUCUGCUAAAUAACAUGUUGGUCGGUAUACAUAUUUAUAUAUGGCAAUAACAAUUAUAUAUCCAAAUGAUAGCAGCCAAUGUGCAGUAUAAUAUGCAGAAAAAGAAUGCCAGCCAGAGUCAUAUAAAUAAAUACAUAAUUAAAUUGGUUUUCCGAGAAACUUAUGUUUGUGACCCUUGUUGAUAUAAAUCGUAUCUGGAUUCUGUUUGAUGUGAUAAUGACAUCGGAUUCGACAUUUAGUAACAAAUGUUAAGUUGUGGUGAACAUAAGUUGCAAACAUAAAUUUUUAUGUUGAAUUUUUUUGGCAGCAUUGACUAAACAUGGUGAAUGACACACUAAAAACGUGCAUUGCUGAUUGUGGACAAUGCCACUGGAACGGAAGUUUGGGAUAUUGUUGUAGCCAAAGCUGCAAUCAGGUCGGAGGACAUGAUUUUGGGCAUUGUUCUCCGGAAAUGGGAGGAGGAUGCGACGAGGGGAGUUCGACCAAGCCAAGCUGCAUCCCAGAUUGUGAUGUCUGCCAUAGAUCCGGAUCAUUAGGCUUUUGCUGCAGUGGAAUGUGCAUCCAAAUGCAAGGAGAUGACUUUGGUUACUGCCAGGCCAGAGAAGGAACUUGUGAGUCAACGGAAAAUCCGAACUGUAUCCCGGACUGUGAUGAAUGCCAAUGGUCUGGAUCAAUGGGGUUCUGUUGCAGUGGGAUGUGCACCCAGACACAAGAAGUGGGUCAUUGCAGACCUAGAAAUUCCACCGUCCAGUGCGAAGGGGUCGACUUUUUCGAAGGGGAAAAGAGCAAAUUUAUUCUGCAGUUGUUGCCUUAUUUACUCUCUGGACUUGUAAUCAUUGUCCUGGCCAGCGUCUCAAUAUGGUUGUGGCGUUAUUGGAGAAAUCGGAAAGACAAAAUCUUGGACAAGGAUGAAGUCCUCCGUUUUUACAAAGGUUCAGACAAAACAAAUUACACCAUUUUGUCGGACAUAGAGCUUGGAGAAGUAUACUCGAAAAUAUAUCAACACAUUGACAGCAUCCCCUACGAUGACAAGUUCGAAAUCUCAAAAUCUGCGUUCAAGAUCGAUGUGGACCAUGUUCUUGGGGAAGGGCAGUUUGGGACCGUAUUACAAGCAACAUUAAAUGGGAACGCUGUUGCGGUAAAAACCGUGAAGGAGAACGUGGACAAAAUUUAUUUGAAAUCUUUGCUCACCGAACUCAAGGUGCUAAUUUACCUUGGUCAUCAUGACCACAUUGUGAGUUUGAUAGGAGCUCACACCACACAAUUGAGAAAAGGGCAUGUGUACAUAUUUCUAGAAUAUUGUGCAAUGGGGAGUCUGGAUUCCUUCUUGAGGAAGCAGAAAAGGUCCUUGGAACAAACUAUUGAUAUUUCGAACGGGCGAAACGGCUACUCUCAAUUUUCUAUGACAAAUUCUCUACAACUCACCACCACUGAGCCUAAUAAUCCUUGUUCGAUGCAAAAUAUGCUAAAUUGGUGCAUACAAGUCGGAAAAGGAUUGAGUUAUUUGGCUGAAAAGAAUGUUAUCCAUGCAGAUGUUGCCACACGAAAUGUGCUUCUUUACUCUGAAAACCAUGCAAAACUUACAGAUUUCGGUCUUAGUCGUCGUCUAUAUGAACAUAGCAUUUACUUGAAGAAACAUGAGGAACCUCUCCCCUUCAGAUGGAUGUCGAUCGAAUCUUUAAAAUGCUUGAGUUUUUCAACCCAUUCAGACAUUUGGUCGUUUGGAGUAUUUAUGUGGGAAGUAUUUACACUGGGUGACCUACCAUUUCCGGAAAUGUCAUGGUCUGAGUCCUUCGUCCAUGCUCUCCAAGCUGGCAUGCGUCUCAGCAAACCUGUUUCAGCCAGUGAUGCGAUAUACAAAAUCAUGCAAAAGUGUUGGAAGUUAGAUCCUAAUGAAAGACCGUCCGCAGAUCUAAUCGUCACAGAAUUGUCAGAAGUAUUACGAGAAAAUUCAGGAUAAUCCAUUACAAAUACGCAUUUAUUGCAUUACCUAUAAGUAUUUUUAGUAUAAAUGAAGACAGUCUAGUUGAGUUAUCCCACUAAAAUGAAAAUUGAUUACCCAAAAUUAUGA